CUGUAAGAUGGCAGUCAGUAUAAAUACAGAGCGCGAAGGGAGAGGACAGGAGUCAGUCUUUAUUGAAACGCGGCGCGUUUGUCGUACAAUUUUGCAUUUCAAACCAUUACACUCCUUUCAAAAUGAGGAGGGAUGCCCUUUGAAGCAAUCCCGGGAGCAUCUAAACACUCUUUUACCUGCUUGCCUACUACCGACCAGAAAAGUUUCUUCUUGGAGUUGAGUUAUAUCGUCUUGCCAAAGUUUUUUUUUUCAGCAGACGUGUUGCCCUUGAAGAUCCGGAAAUCAAAGCAAAUGAAAUGACUACUAGACUUGACCGACUGUUUCUUCUGCUGGACACUGGUUCCACUCCAUUAGUCCGGAAAUCUGCAGCGGAACAACUUGGGGAAGUACAGAGACUCCAUCCACAUGAACUUCAAAACUUGUUGACUAAGGUGCACAUGUACUUGCGCAGCCCAACAUGGGAAACCCGUAUUGCCUCUGGUCAAGCAGUAGAGGCUAUUGCAAAGAAUGUGCCACAGUGGGAACCAGUUGGACUAGUGAAGAAAGGUGACUAGAGCUUGGGAGGUUGAUUGAAAUGU